ACAGAGAGCUGACUGAUACUCGAAGAAGUGUUUUCAUUUAUCUAAGAAAAAAUAUGAUGUCUCUAUCCCAAGCCUCACUCCUCUUCUUAAAUAUAUGUAUUUUUAUUUGUGGAGAAGCUGUCCAAGGUAACUUUGUACGUCAUUCUACGGAAUCUUCAGCGGUUAACAUUGUCGAAGAUGUAGCCAAUGAAAAAGAUGAGAGUAAGAGUAAUGAUACCAUUUACAAGGAGGACUGUGAGGAACUGUGUGAUGCUAAAACUAAAAUCACACGAGAAGAAAAAUAUUUCAUGUGUCGAAAUUUGCAGAAUUCGAUUGUUUCCUACACACGCGGUACCAAAAAACUGCUAAGAAACAUCAUGGAUGAGCAACAAGCUUCCUUGGAUUAUUUAUCUACUCAGGUUAACGAGCUCUUGAAUCGAGUUCUUCUUUUGACUACAGAAGUUUUGAGAAAACAGUUGGAUCCUUUUCCUCUCAGACCAGUUCAGUCACAUGGUUUAGAUUGCACUGAUAUUAAAGAUACUAUUGGCUCUGUCACUAAAACACCAAGUGGUUUAUAUAUAAUCCAACCAGAAGGAUCUAGUUACCCAUUUGAGGUAAUGUGUGACAUGGAUUACAGAGGAGGUGGAUGGACCGUGAUACAGAAAAGGAUCGACGGGAUAAUUGACUUCCAGAGGUUGUGGUGUGAUUAUCUGGAUGGAUUUGGCGACCUUUUAGGAGAAUUUUGGCUAGGACUAAAAAAGAUUUUUAAUAUAGUAAAUCAGAAAAAUACCAGUUUUAUGCUGUAUGUGGCUUUGGAAUCUGAAGAUGACACUUUUGCUUAUGCAUCGUAUGACAAUUUUUGGCUAGAGGACGAAACAAGAUUUUUUAAAAUUCACUUAGGACGGUAUUCAGGAAAUGCUGGUGAUGCAUUCCGGGGCCUUGGAAAAGAAGAUAAUCAAAACGCAGUACCCUUCAGCACGUCAGAUGUGGAUAAUGAUGGGUGUCACCCUGCCUGCCUGGUCAACGGUCAGUCUGUGAAGAGUUGCAGUCACCUCAAUAACAACACCGGCUGGUGGUUCAACCAGUGUGGUCUCGCCAACCUAAAUGGCAUUCAGCACUUCCCUGGAAAAUUGCUUGCAACUGGCAUUCGAUGGGGCACAUGGACCAGAAACAACUUACCCAUCAAGAUUAGAUCAGUUUCCAUGAAAAUUAGAAGAACUCACAACCCAUAUUUUAAAUAACCGCAUCUUAAAUAGUAAAAGUUCCACAAGUGUAUUUGAUAAUAUAUUAAAGAUAUUAUGUAGUUUCUCUUUUUACUUUUUAUCAGUGUUUCAAACAUAUUAGCCACAAUUUAACUAAGGAUGGCAUUGAGAUGCUAUGGGUUUAGUUAGAAAACUUCAAUUUUGAAGCAUUUUAUAAAAGAAAACUUGACUCAUUGUUUUUACUAGUAUCUAUAUUAACAAUAUGUAAUUUUGAAACUUUCUGAAACAGUCUUUUUAAAGGACUCUACGUUUCCUUUGACACAUAUAAAGCACAGUAAGUUGUUAGGAAUUGUAAGUUGUUCAGUAUUAGACUUGUUUCUAUAUUUACCUUAUAUUAUCAACUAUAUAACCUACAGAUAAUUUC